AUGGCAAGAACAAAGCAAACAGCAAGAAAGAACACUGGUGCUAAAGCCCCAAGAAAAUAACUCGCUAACAAAGCUGCAAGAAAGAGCACUAAUGUAAAUGCUGUCAGUGGUGUCAAGAAGCCCCAUAGAUUCAGACCUGGCACUGUCGCAUUAAGAGAGAUCAGAAGAUUCUAAAAAUCUACUGAACUUCUUAUCAGAAAAUUACCCUUCCAGAGACUAGUAAGGGAAAUCGCCUAGGAAUACAAAAGUGAUUUGAGAUUCCAAAGCUAGGCAGUCUUGGCCCUUCAGGAAGCAGCCGAAGCUUACCUAGUCGGUUUGUUUGAAGAUACCAAUCUGUGUGCCAUCCACGCUAAGAGAGUGACAAUUAUGCCUAAGGAUAUAUAGCUAGCCAGAAGAAUCAGAGGAGAAAGAACUUGA